CGAGGCGCUGGGGGCCGCAGUGUUGGCCAGAGCUUCGGGGUUCGGGGGUACGAUGGUCCAUGCCGUCCCUGCAUGGGGGCCCGGUGCUUGGGGUGCGGCGGCGGCGCGCGACGUGGGCUGUCCCCGCGUCAGCCGCAGGCGUCCCCUCUCGUCGGGACUCUUGGUGCGGCCCGGGCCGCCGAGUGCUGUUUGGCUACGUGGGUUCCUCUUAGGCCCUUGCCCUUUGCCCCCUGCCCCCUGCCCCCCGGGCUCUCUAUAGCCCUUCGGUUGAAGGGAGCGCGGUACUGAUGUCCUGGGCCUUGGCUCCCUGCGCCCUAGUCCGCGCGCAUCCUUCCUAGGCCGAAGCCAGCGGAACCCGCCUGGUCGCCACCCCGCCCCGCGUUCCGGCUAUCCUUUCCCAGCUGUCGCUCUGCUGCUUUCGGGCGUGCCAGCGAGGCUCUGUCCCCGGGGCCGUCCCGGCCUUCUGCGCCCCUUUCCUGCCCUGGAACCUCCCGGCCGACCCGGCCCGGAAUGCGCCACCCGCUCCCACGUGCCCUCCUCAGGCAUGCAGGUUGCUCCUGCCCGCCCCCGGGCUUGCAGGCCACCCCUGCUGCCCGAGAUUCCUCGUGUCUGGCUUCUUAGGAGACUGCUGCUUUCUGCCUCCGUGUGUCGCGAUGUGUGGUUUGGUGGACGUCUGUGAAGGAAAUCCAGCCUUUCACGCGUGUGCGGUUGGCAAAAGGAGGAGUAUUUCUGAUGAUGGUGGGCAAUGCCUCUCGGUCCUAACCCCGGGCUCCGUUCGUUGCAGCUCCUCUGUGCAGUUUCCGUCAUCCGGGAAGCCCACGGGACCCUCAGGCGGGCAGGAUGAACGACUGGCACAAGAUCUUCACCCAAAAUGUGCUUGUCCCUCCCCACCCACAGAGAGCACGCCAACCUGUGAAGGAAUCCACAGCUUUCCAGUGUGUCCUCAAGUGGCUGGACGGACCGAUAAUUAGGCAGGGAGUGCUGGAGGUGCUGUCAGAGGUUGAAUGCCAUCUGCGAGUGUCUUUCUUUGAUGUCACCUACCGGCACUUCUUCGGGAGGACGUGGAAAACCACAGUGAAGCCGACGAAGAGACCGCCGUCCAGGAUCGUCUUUAAUGAGCCCUUGUAUUUUCACACAUCCUUAAACCACCCUCAUAUCGUGGCUGUGGUGGAAGUGGUCGCUGAGGGCAAGAAACGGGAUGGGACCCUCCAGACAUCGUCCUGUGGAUUUGGAAUUCUUCGGAUCUUCAGCAACCAACCGAACUCCCCUACCUCUGCUUCCCAGGACAAAAGGUUGCGGCUGUACCAUGGCACCCCCAGAGCCCUCCUGCACCCGCUUCUCCAGGACCCUGCAGAGCAAAACAAACACAUGACCCUCAUUGAGAACUGCAGCCUGCAGUACACGCUGAAGCCACACCCGGCCCUGGAGCCUGCGUUCCACCUUCUUCCUGAGAACCUUCUGGUGUCUGGUCUGCAGCAGAUCCCUGGCCUGCUUCCAGCUCAUGGAGAAUCCGGCGACGCUCUCCGAAAGCCUCGCCUCCAGAAGCCCAUCACGGGGCACUUGGAUGACUUAUUCUUCACCCUGUACCCCUCCCUCGAGAAGUUUGAGGAAGAGCUGCUGGAGCUCCACGUCCAGGACCACUUCCAGGAGGGAUGUGGCCCACUGGAUGGUGGUGGCCUGGAGAUCCUGGAACGGCGCCUGCGUGUGGGCGUGCACAAUGGUCUGGGCUUCGUGCAGAGGCCGCAGGUCGUUGUACUGGUGCCUGAGAUGGAUGUGGCCUUGACGCGCUCAGCCAGCUUCAGCAGGAAAGUGGUCUCCUCUUCCAAGACCAGCUCCGGGAGUCAAGCUCUGGUUUUGAGAAGCCGCCUCCGCCUCCCAGAGAUGGUCGGCCACCCUGCAUUUGCGGUCGUCUUCCAGCUGGAGUACGUGUUCAGCAGCCCCGCAGGAGUGGACGGCAAUGCAGCUUCAGUCACCUCUCUGUCCAACCUGGCGUGCAUGCACAUGGUCCGCUGGGCUGUUUGGAACCCCUUGCUGGAAGCCAAUUCUGGAAGGGUGACCCUGCCUCUGCAGGGCGGGAUCCAGCCCAGCCCCUCGCACUGUCUGGUCUACAAGGUACCCUCAGCCAGCAUGAGCUCUGAAGAGGUGAAGCAGGUGGAGUCGGGUAUAGUCCGGUUCCAGUUCUCACUGGGCUCAGAAGAACACCUGGAUGCACCCGCGGAGCCUGUCAGCGGCCCCAAGGCGGAGCGGCAGCCUGCCAGGAAACCACCCACAUCCCCUUCCAGCCCGCCAGCGCCAGCACCUCGAGGUCUCGCUGCCCCGCAGGACUCGCCUGUGGGACCAGGGUUGUCGAUUUCCCAGCUGGCGGCCUCCCCGCGGUCCCCGACUCAGCACGGCGUGGCCAGGCCUACUUCACAGCCACCCCAUGGCUCUCGGGCCUCCCCGACUCAGGCAAGCUGGCAACCCUCCAGAGGCAAUUCAUCAAUGAAUCCCCUUAGAUCUGGGCACCGUUGGUUGUUAGGAGUUGGGGUCCUUGGUGGCCUCACUCGAAGCCCUCGUUUUGUUCAGCAGAAGUUCCCGUUGGAGGGCGGUAUCUCCCACCUGGAAGCUGACCUGAGCCAGACCUGCCUGGUCCCGGAAACCUCCAUUGCCGAACAGUUACAGGAGCUGCCGUUCACGCCUUUGCAUGCCCCUAUUGUUGCGGGAACACAGACCAGGAGCUCUGCAGGGCAGCCCUCGAGAGCCUCCAUGGUGCUCCUGCAGUCCUCCGGCUUUCCCGAGAUUCUGGAUGCCAAUAAACAGCCAGCUGAGGCCAUCAACCCUACAGACCCCGUGACGUUUAACCCUCAGAAGGAGGAAUCGGAUUGUCUACAAAGCAACGAGAUGGUGCUACAGUUUCUUGCCUUUAGCAGAGUGGCCCAGGACUGCCGAGGGACGUCAUGGCCAAAGACUGUGUAUUUCACCUUCCAGUUCUACCGCUUCCCACCCGCAACAACGCCACGACUGCAGCUGGUCCAGCUGGAUGAGGCCGGCCAGCCCGGCUCUGGUGCCCUGACCCACAUCCUCGUGCCUGUGAGCAGAGACGGCACCUUUGAUGCUGGGUCUCCUGGCUUCCAACUGAGGUACAUGGUGGGCCCUGGGUUCCUGAAGCCAGGUGAGCGGCGCUGCUUUGCCCACUACCUCGCCGUGCAGACCCUGCAGAUCGACGUCUGGGAUGGAGACUCCCUGCUGCUCAUCGGAUCUGCCGCCGUCCAGAUGAAGCACCUCCUCCGCCAAGGCCGGCCAGCUGUGCAGGCCUCCCAUGAGCUUGAGGUUGUGGCAACCGAAUACGAGCAGGACACCAUGGUGGUGAGUGGAGACAUGCUGGGAUUUGGCCGCGUCAAGCCCAUCGGUGUCCACUCGGUGGUGAAGGGCCGGCUGCACCUGACCUUGGCCAACGUGGGUCACCUGUGUGAACAGAAAGUGAGAGGUUGUAGCAUAUUGCCACCAUCUAGAUCUCGGGUCAUCUCAAAUGAUGGAGCCAGCCGCUUCUCUGGAGGCAGCCUCCUCACAAGUGGAAGCUCAAGGCGAAAACAUGUGGUGCAAGCGCAGAAGCUGGCGGACGUGGACAGUGAGCUGGCCGCCAUGCUGCUGACCCAUGCCCGGCAGGGCACGGGGCCCCGGGACGUCGGCCGUGAGUCGGAUGCCACCCGCAGGCGUAAACUGGAGCGGAUGAAGUCUGUGCGCCUGCAGGAGGCCGGGGGAGAGUUGGGCCGGCGCGGGACGAGCGUGUUGGCCCAGCAGUGCGUCCGCACACAGCACUUGCGGGACCUACAGGUCAUCGCCGCCUACCGGGAGCGCACGAAGGCCGAGAGCAUCGCCAGCCUGCUGAGCCUGGCCAUCACCACGGAGCACACGCUCCACGCCACACUGGGGGUCGCCGAGUUCUUUGAGUUUGUGCUUAAGAACCCCCACAACACACAGCACACGGUGACCGUGGAGAUCGACAACCCUGAGCUCAGCGUCAUCGUGGACAGUCAGGAGUGGAGGGACUUCAAGGGUGCUGCUGGCCUGCACACGCCGGUGGAGGAGGACAUGUUCCACCUGCGCGGCAGCCUGGCCCCCCAGCUCUACCUGCGCCCCCACGAGACCGCCCACAUCCCGUUCAAGUUCCAGAGCUUCUCUGCUGGGCAGCUGGCCAUGGUGCAGGCCUCUUCUGGGUUGAGCAACGAGAAGGGCACAGACACCGUGUCACCUUGGAAGUCCAGCACAGUGCCCGCUAAACACGCCAAGGUCUUGUUCCGAGCGAGUGGUGGCAAGCCCAUCGCCGUGCUCUGCCUGACCGUGGAGCUGCAGCCCCACGUGGUGGACCAGGUCUUCCGCUUCUAUCACCCGGAGCUCUCCUUUCUGAAGAAGGCCAUCCGCCUGCCGCCCUGGCACACGCUUCCAGGCAGGUCCUGCACUGAUCCUGCGGCCCACAUGUUGCAGGCUCACCUGUUGGAAGCUGGAAAUGUGGAGAGGACUCUUCGUGACAUUUCCCCUGCUCCAGGUGCUCCGGUGGGAAUGCUUGGUGAGGACCCCCCGGUCCACGUUCGCUGCAGCGACCCGAAUGUCAUCUGUGAGACCCAGAAUGUGGGCCCGGGGGAGCCGCGGGACGUGUUUCUGAAGGUAGCCAGUGGUCCGAGCCCAGAGAUCAAAGACUUCUUUGUCAUCAUUUAUUCGGAUCGCUGGCUGGCGACACCCACACAGACGUGGCAGGUCUACCUCCACUCCCUGCAGCGCGUGGAUGUCUCCUGCGUUGCAGGCCAGCUGACCCGCCUGUCCCUCGUCCUUCGGGGGACGCAGACAGUGAGGAAAGUGAGAGCUUUCACUUCGCACCCCCAGGAGCUGAAGACGGACCCCAAAGGUGUCUUCGUGUUGCCGCCUUGUGGGGUGCAGGACCUGCAUGUCGGUGUGAGGCCCCUCAGGGCUGGCAGCCGCUUCGUCCACCUCAACCUAGUGGACGUGGAUUGCCACCAGCUGGUGGCCUCCUGGCUCGUGUGCCUAUCCUGCCGCCAGCCGCUCAUCUCCAAGGCCUUUGAGAUCACGUUGGCUGUGGGCGAAGGGAAGGGUGUCAACAAGAGGAUCACCUACACCAACCCCUACCCCUCCCGGAGGACGUUCCACCUGCACAGCGACCACCCGGAGCUGCUGCGGUUCAGGGAGGACUCCUUCCAGGUUGCAGGUGGAGAGACCCACACCAUCGGCCUGCAGUUUGCGCCCAGUCAGAGAGUGGGGGAGGAGGAGAUCCUGAUCUACAUCAAUGACCAUGAGGACAAGAACGAAGAGGCAUUCUGCGUGAAGGUCAUCUACCAGUGAGGGCUUGAGGGUGACAUCCUUCCUGGGGCGCCUGGCUGGGGCCUGUCUGCCCCUCCUGCCCUACAGGCUGUCCUCCCCGCCUCUCCGCAGCCGUUGACCUCAGGGCCCACCACUUGGCUGAGGAAGCAGAGAGCGCGCGCUGGUCAUUUUGUAGUACCUGCGUCCGGCUUAGCUGCUGCUGACACCCAGCAGGCCUGGGUUCUGUGAGUGUGAACUCUGUGGCGUGGCUCUGGUUCUGGUGCUGCCGUCUGCACACGUGGGAUCCUCAUUAUCUCUGUUGCUCAAAAUGUAUUUUGUGAAUCAUCCUAAAUGAUAAAAUUAUGUUUUUCUUACUGGAUUUUGUACAAACAAUCUAUUAUUUGCUAUGCAAUAUUUUAUGCUGGUAUUAUAUCUAUUUUUUAAAUUGUUGAACAAAAUACUAAACUUUUCCAUGUCA